CGCGAGAUCCCAGAGCAACCGUCGGUCGGUCGGCCCGCCCGCCCGCAGCCAUGAGCCUGCGCGCGCUCUGGCUCAUCGGACCCGAGAAAGGGGAGGCGGCGGCGGUGGUGCGCUUCUCCAGACGAUAUCCAACUGUGGAGAAGAGGGCCAAAGUCUUCAAUGGAGGAAGUUACACUGAGGUGCCAGGGGACCAUGUGUUCCUAAAAGCACUUUUGAUCGAGCUUGGCAUGACUGAUUCCGACAAGAUUUUUGUAGAACACAGAGAUAGUUGUUGUCGAAUAAAUAAGACCUCUGUUUAUGAAGUGCCUAUUGGAGAUGGCGUUCUGUGGCCUGUCCUAGUAAUUACACAACAUGCAAUGAUUUAUGCUUGUCUUCCUCUUGUUGAGCAGUCCUUAGUUCCCCAGCCACCUCUAAUAAAUAUCAAUGGAAUUUCUCCUGCAUUUGGACUACUUUCAGGGCUAAUGGCUCUUUUCAACUUGGUACAAAGAAAUGAGUCAGAAAUUUCUGCCAAACUUACCCAAUUGCCUGUUAUGUUGAUGCAUGCAUGCCCAUUGGGUACUCCAACAGAUACUGACUUUGGGUUGAUGCAAACACUAUCCGGCAGCUUUUUUCCUCAUAGUCCAAGUUCUUCAUCCCAAAUUCAAAAACAACCAUCUUGGAAGCCUGGCAUAUACAAAGGAAAACCACAGGUUAAUGUCUGUAUCACUGAACAGAUUAGAUCCAUGCAAUAUGACAAAAGAGAUGUCACAGAUAUCUGGCAGGACUAUGGAACAGUAACAUGUAAGUGUGACCUGGAAGGAAUCAUGCCAAAUGUCACCAUCAGCCUGAACCUACCCACCAAUGGGUCUCCCCUGCAGGAUAUCCUUGUGCAUCCCUGUGUUAGUGCAGUUGACUCAAGUAUCCUCACUUCUAACAGUGUUGACACAGAUGAUUCAUUAUUUAAUGGACCUUACAAGUUUCCUUUCACACCUCCACUCGACGUAUUUAAACUGUGCUACUACACUUCUCAGGUACCUCUCCCACCAAUUCUUGGCUUCUACCAAAUGAAGGAAGAAGAUCAGCAAGUGAAGAUUUCAGUUCAUCUGAAACUACAUGAAAGUGUCAAAAAUGGAUUUGAAUACUGUGAAGCUCACAUCCCAUUCUUCAACAGGGGUCCAAUUGUGCAAAAUGAUUGCAAGGUGAGCUACGGGCAGCUGGAGGUGUCACGGGAGAAAAGCUUGCUGAUCUGGGUCAUUGGUCAGAAGUUCCCUAAAUCUUUGGAAAUAUCUCUAACUGGUACUAUGGCAUUUGCUGGUCUUGGUGCAGUCAACCACUCAUCGCAGAUAACUGAUCCAUUCUGCACCGGGCUCACUGCAUAUGUUAAGCUUUACUUUCGAAUCCCGGAUUAUACUCUAACCGGGUGCUGUGUGGACCAGCAUUCAGUGCAAGUGUACUCUUCAGCAAAACCCAAAAUCAUCACAUCCCGAGAACUUCUUUCUUCAGAGUACUACAUCUGGAACUCCAAAGGGGAUGCACCGGUUGCCAGCAGGCCAUUCAUAUCCUAAUUUAAUGAAAUCAUGAGGACCAAAUGGAUUCACGUUACCAGUUGUAUUGUAGUAUUGUUUCAAAUCCAUAGGUAAUGCAAAAGGCGGAUUUUUACUGUUUGUUUUGCCCUUUGAAAUGUAUAAAAUGAGAAACAGUCACUCAAGUGCUUAAAGAAAAGUUAAUCAUAUACUAAUAAUUGAUGCAGCUACAAUGAGCACUGCAAACAUGAUUGAUAAUAUCCAUUCAAGAAUAUAUUAAGAGCAGCAUAAUAGCUUGUUGCAAAAUAAUCAACAUUUAUACUCCAAAUUGUUGCUAUUAACAUUAUUUCAAAUGUAACAGAAGAGAAAUUUCAGUAACUCAAUACUUUUUUUAAGAACAUUGUUUUUUAUUUAGAAAAAUAAAAAAAUGCUGCCAUUAAAACUUUAAUAA